AUGUUUAUGGAUGAAGUAAAGUUCCAAUAUUAUAAUAAUAACCAUGGUAGGUCUUCUUGGGCUUAUGACACUAAUAUUUUACUAGAAUCACGUAUCAAGACAAAUGUUAGAAAAGGUGUGGUUAAUGAAAUAUUUUUGGGAAAUUUUCUUUAUUAUGUUCCAAUUUAUUUAUAA